AUGAAGAAGGGAAACAAGCCGGAUUUCCACCAAUCCGCAAACGGCGACCAAGCCAAGACACUAUACCACGCCUUCUUCAAGAAGGUCGGAUCUCUCUAUGAGUCCGACAAGGUCAAAGACGGACUUUUUGCUGCUAUGAUGGAUGUUGCUCUGGUUAACGAUGGGCCGGUCACUAUUCAAAUCGACACCAACCCACGGAAGACGGACGCUUCAACCUCGGGUGCUCCAAACGGAAGCAAUCAGCAGACAGUCGACGUUGAUGACCGCAAGUAG